CGAGGUGGACCCACAGAAUGCAGGCGUUCUGAUCGUGCAGUUAGCUUGACCAUCAACUGCGAUACCUUUUUGUGAAUACUGAACGGACGCAUCUGAUUCAAUGUACUGCGGGUACAUCCGACUGCGAUAUUGCGCUCGUCUCCAGUUCAUCUGCGAAACAAAGGCAUGAUAUUGAUGUGUGUAUAAUUGUGUAUUUGUUUUCAUGUAUACCACUGUGACAUAACUUCUGAUGCAUGCUGCAUACACGAGAUGGCGCGUUGGUCAGGGUUCCCCAUUGUUUGUGCAUUAUCCUAUUUUCGUCGUGGAAUCAUAUGCCCUUUGAUCUGUCUCUGUUCCCACAUCAUGCAGAUCAUCCCCUCUCUGCUAUCGGUCCUCGAGGCCCUGCUCAAGAGCCCAGCUUGGUUGCUGCGGAAAAUACUCAGUUUAUUCGUCGGCAAGACCGAGUCCCCGCCACUCCAGGAACCAUCUUCGGGUUUAUAUCCACCAUCCGAUUCACCAUACGAAGGCACUCCCUCGCAGCGGAAGCCAUACGACAGAUAUCGCCAAGUCUCGCCACGGCAUCCAGCGGUUGAACCCUACCAGACCCCUUCGCAGCACUCCGACUAUCAAACACCUUCGCCGCAAUCGCCCUAUCGUCCUCGUCGCCAACCGAGCGCACAAUAUCCUACACAAUCCGCCCCUGUCGUACCUCGUGAUGUCCUCUCGGUGGUCAAGCCUGUCAGUCACAUCCCUCAGCGACAUCGUGAUGUCCCUUCGGUGGUCGAGCCUGUCAGUUAUAUCCCUCAGCGACAUCGUGAUGUCCCUUCGGUGGUCGAGCCUGUCAGUUACAUCCCUCAGCGACAUCGCGAUGUCCCUUCGGUGGUCGAGCCUGUCAGUUACAUCCCUCAGCGACAUCGCGAUGUCCCUUCGGUGGUCGAGCCUGUCAGUUACAUCCCUCAGCGACAUCGUGAUGUCCCUUCGGUGGUCGAGCCUGUUAGUUACAUCCCUCAGGUUGGUCCUAGCACGCUUCAUCUGCUGUUUACUCACUUCUUCGACACGUAGCAACAUCGUGAUGUCCCUUUGGUGGUCGAGCCUGUCAGCUACAUCCCUCAGCAACCACGUCGUCCUUCUGUACCUGAAUUAGCUACAAGA